GUUUGGACAGGUCGAAUCUGCUCUGGGUGGCAGAUCUCAUACACAGAGAGCGUACUAACCACUCAUGCAUCAUAUGUGGUACUCACGUGGCUGCGACUCCAAGGUUGCUCUUCCUCAUGAACUGUACAUCUACCUUUCUGGGCAAGUUUUGGUGUGGCCAGUCCCUGCCCUCCCACAGGAUGGGAAUGAUCUGGAGGGAAUGAGGCCCUUCUUCUUCUUCUGAGAGUUCCUGUGGCUACUGCGUGAUCUUGAAAAGGACAAAGCAGGCUGAACUCUCAGGCCGCAAAUGCCAGCGAGGCAGCCACUACCUUAGCCAGAGUCCGUAGAGAGGCCUAGAAGGUGUCUGGAUCCAGGAUAGGUCUGCUCCAGGAGGCCAACCCAGACUGGAGGGGGCUUACGAAGCCAGUACAGGAUGUGCCACAGCCUUGAGGAAGACAUGAAAUACAUAAUAGAAAUUAAAUUUAUUGACAUGCCUGAAUGCAUUGUAGAUGGUUUUGAUCCCUCGACAGGAGGUCAAGUAGAGAGAUGGAAGUAGUCACCCGGGCAGUCAUUUUGUCAGAGGUGACACGAUUCAGGUCCCAGAGCUCUCUCUCCCUGUGGGCUCUGGCAGGCUGCCUGCUGAGUUCUAGGGACCAGACUAUCCUACCAAUUCCUGGGCCCAUCCUUGAACGUUAGCUCCAAUGGCAGCCCUCACGGACCUCUCUUUUAUGUACCGCUGGUUCAAAAAUUGCAACCUGGUUCGAAACCUCUCAGAGAAGUACGUCUUCAUCACGGGCUGCGACUCUGGCUUUGGGAACCUGCUGGCCAGACAAUUGGUUGAUCGGGGCAUGAGAGUGCUUGCUGCUUGCCUCACAGAGGAGGGGGCCCAGAAACUCCAGCAGGACACCUCCUACCAGCUGCAGACCAUCCUCCUAGAUGUCACCAAGACUGAGAGCAUCAAGGCCGCAGCCCAGUGGGUGAGGGACCAAGUGGGCGAGCAAGGCCUCUGGGCCCUAGUGAACAACGCUGGUGUGGGCCUGCCUAGUGGCCCCAAUGAAUGGCUGACCAAAGAAGACUUCGUGAAAGUGAUCAACGUGAACCUGGUGGGACUGAUUGAAGUCACCCUGAACAUGCUGCCUAUGGUCAAGAAAGCCCGGGGCAGGGUGGUCAACAUGUCCAGCUCCGGGGGGCGCGUGGCCCUCAUCGGUGGUGGCUACUGUGUCUCCAAGUUUGGUGUUGAAGCCUUCUCUGAUAGCAUCAGGCGAGAGCUUCAUUUCUUUGGGGUGAAGGUCAGCAUUAUUGAGCCGGGGAACUACCGGACAUCCAUCCUGGGCCAGGAAACUCUGCAAUCACGCAUGAAGAAGCUGUGGGAUCGGCUGCCGCAGGAGACCCGGGAUAGCUACGGAGAGGAGUAUUUCCGUGUCUAUACUGAAAAGUUGGCUAACUAUAUGCAGAUGGCACAUCCAAAACUCAGCGAUGUCACCAACAGCAUGGAGCAUGCUGUUGUCUCCAGGAGUCCCCGAAUCCGCUACAACCCUGGCCUGGAUGUCAAGCUUCUCUAUAUCCCCCUGGCUAAGUUGCCUACGUCUGUGACAGAUUUCAUCUUGAGCCGAUACUUACCGAGGCCAGCAGACAGUGUUUGAGCUGGGGAGCUCAAGGGAUGGCCAGUGGUGCAUGGAGGAGGGGGCAAAGGACUGUGGGAUCACAAGAGAGACACUCACUGCUGGCUUAUGUCUCCCCACUUCCGCUGGGGCCUCCAGAACCUGACGUGGCCCCUGCUGAUUUAGAGAGUUGCCGUAUGGGCCCCAAGACACCUCUCACCAAGGCAGGUUUAAGCGGCCCUGGCCCUGGAAAACUCAAGAAGAAAGCUGGCUUCUGUUGAAGGACAAGCUGUGGCCUCCCUGUAGAUACCACAGGAUAACUUAGUCCAUGGAAGACUCUCAGCCCCUCCCCACAGCUCUCCUCACAAGCACGGGUUUGUGCAUAUACAAACUGUAACUCGGCAGUCGGAACUGCCAGCGCAGAUCCAGAGAAUGUUUGAAGUCGUUUCCUUUCCUUUGCGUUUCUCUAUCUGUAGGUGAUUGGGAUCCAUAUAACACGCACUUCUUUAAUCACCAUUGAUUAAUCUUUCAAGUAUUUAUUGAUUGCUUAAUACCUACCAGGCACUGAGGUUCUGAGGGUAGAGGAGGAGGAGGAAAUCAUGAUCUUGGAAUUUUUUUUUUUGUUUAGUUUGUGUUUUAUUUUGUUACAAUGGCUACAACAAAGGAAAGUAGCAACAAUGUAAUUGUUCCCAACCUGACGCUCAUAAUCACUCAGUUAAAGUCCACAUGGCUGCUGAAGAGGCAGCUCAAAGAUUAAGAGCACUUGCUGACCAGAGAAUCUGCGAUGGAUCCAUAUGGUGUCCCACUACCUCCCAUAAUUCCAGUUCCGGGCAUCUGAGGCCCUCUUCUGAUCUCCACAAGCACAAAGCAUGCACAUAGUGUGAUAUGCAGACACAACACUGCUACACACAAAAUAAGAUAUGGAAGCUGGGCAUGGUGCCUCACGCCUGUAAUCCCAACACUUGUGGGGGCUGAGACAGGAGGAUUUUUGUGAGUUCAAGGGCAAAUGAUUUACAAAAUAAGACCCUGUCUCAAGAAACAAAUAAACCCCAGGGGGGAAGAUACAUAUGAAUGUUAAUGCUAGACAAUCUGAUUCAAUAGACCCAAGGCAGAGGCUAGGACUAUGAACUGGUACCAAGGACCUAGAUGAGUCGAUGCAGCUGUGCACCUGGGAGCUAUAGGUAGUGCCACAGGAGAAUCAGCUAACACAGGAGAAUCAGCUAACACAGGAGAAUCAGCUAACACAGGAGAAUCAGCUAACACAGGAGAAUCAGCUAACACAGGAGAAUCAGCUAACACAGGAGAAUCAGCUAACACAGGAGAAUCAGCUAACACAGGAGAAUCAGCUAACACUGGAGAAUCAGCUAACACAGGAGAAUCAGCUAACACUGGAGAAUCAACUAACACGCCCAGAGUGGGAAGCAACUUACCCAAGGGCCCCCAGCUCAGUAUCCAAACAAAAACAGAGCUCCAGUAUUCAGGUUCCUUUUUCUAGCUAUAGGACAGCAACUGUAACAUCUUCAAAUAUGUCAUGGAACUGAAUAAUACAUAUUUCAAAAAACAGCCAUGAACUUCUGGGUUAUAUGAGCUUCUGUUUAAAAAAAAAUUCUUUACACUGAGUAUCGAACCCAGAGUUUGAGCAUUCUAGGCAAGCACUCCCCCACUAAGCUACAUUCCCAACCCUCGGAUUUUCAGUUAGGACUUUACCAAGCAGCUCAGGCUGAACGUGAACUCGCUAUAAUGUUCAAUAGUCCCUCAAACUUGUGAUUCUUCUGCCUCUGCUCGCAGAGUGCUGUGACUACUGACAUGUGCCACCAGUCCCAACGAUAGCAAUUAAUAAAUUAAAUAAAUAAACAAAUAAAAAUGUUGAAAAUCUUGAUGACUGUUUAUGCAAUAAAGCUCAAAUGUGAUUCUUGAAAAUCAAAA